GAUAGUCGCAUUUUCACAGCAGCUUGGCUCGACCUCGAGCAUGCUCAGUGGCGCUCUGACCUACUUAUGCACGCCGAAGCCGGCGAGUUCUGGGGCUGCCGCUUCACUGCGCGAGGGAGCCGGCGACAGCGCUGCGGCUUUCGGGGGGAGGCGCGCGCGUGCGCGCGUGGAAUGCUGCAGCGUCCCGACGUUCCACAGUAGAACCUUCGUUGACACGCCGGCGUUCCAAAAUCGAACGCGUCGCCCGGCAAGCUACUGGAGGCGCAGCGGAGCUCGCAAGAAGGAUUGCGGUCCAGAAGCCGGGACGCCAGGAAGGAAGCCGCAGCUGCGAGCACUCCUGUAUCCGAUUCCCUUUGCCGUAUCGCCGGGCGCAGUGGCGGAGAGUAACGUCGGGACGGUGAUUUGCAGGGUAUUAUUUUCUUGGCUCUUAAAAUUUCAUGGAUCAAGGUUAAUAUUACCCGUGGCUUCUUCAGGACAGUGUACUACACGAUUCCUGGCCCAUCCUUAAACCUGCUCUGCAGUGCACAAGAAAACAGAUGAAUAUGUUCAGCCACCACCUCUUUUUGUCCUAUUGGACUACCCUACACCUUUCCAUCUUGCUAGCAGUCUUGACAGCUGCUGAAGAUGUCACGAACAGCACUUUAAACCACACUCAUAUGGUCUUAGGAUCUGUGCCUGUGGUCGUCUCCAGAAUUGAUCACAUUAUAGUCAAAGAAGGUUACAGUGCCUUGAUUGACUGCAACGUUCAAGGUCAUCCGGGGCCAGAGUACAAGUGGUACAACUCCAACGGCCAUUUGCUGAAGGAAGAUGGGAAUACAGCAGGGAAAUGGAUUUUUGACAACGGGCAAUUGAAUAUUACUAGUGUGUCAUUUGAGGAUCGAGGAAAAUACAUGUGCGUUGCUUCUAACAUCUAUGGCCAAGUGAAUAACACAGUGACUCUGAGGGUUGUCUUUACCUCUGGAGAUAUGGGGGUCUACUACAUGAUUGUAUGUCUUGUAGCAUUUACCAUUGUUUUGAUCUUAAACAUCACUCGGCUGUGCAUGAUGAGCAGCCACCUAAAGAAGACUGAGAAAGCGAUCAAUGAUUUCUUUCGGACGGAAGGGGCAGAAAAGCUGCAGAAGGCUUUUGAGAUUGCGAAACGCAUCCCAAUCAUCACAUCGGCAAAGACCCUUGAACUUGCCAAAGUCACGCAGUUCAAGACCAUGGAGUUUGCCCGCUACAUUGAAGAGCUGGCUAGGAGUGUGCCACUGCCCCCUCUCAUCAUGAACUGCAAGACUAUAAUGGGAGAAAUCAUGGAGGUGGUGGGGCUAGAGGAGCAGGGCCAUAACUCUGUAAGGCAGCCAGCUGUAGGACAAGAGACCGCUGAGCCGGAAGAGAUGUACAUGAUUCCCAACUCCUUAAAGCGUAGCAACUCUUUCACCGCUGACUCAGAUGCUUCUUCUCUGCACGAACCACCGCUGAAGAUUGCGAUAAAAGUGUCGGUCCACCCGUUGGCUAAAAAGGACUGGGUGGAUGACCAGUCACACGGCAGUAUACAAUUGGAAAUUAAAAAGGAGAAGGAAGAGGAAGAAAUUGUCCAAGCGCCAGAAGAAACUCCUGAGCUGACCUCAGAGCCUUCCAGCGAACCGAACCCUCCUGAGACAACUCUGGGAAACAACAUGGACGCAUGCACUGUUUACGAAAGCCAUGUAUGACACAAUCUUCAAAUCUAUGCAUAGCAAGAAUAUUAGGUGGAGCACUCUAUAAAACAGAAACAAAAAGGAUAAUGUUUUUUGCCAAUAAGCCUUACCUGAAGACUAUCAUAGCAAAAGCCUACAUGUAUGGAUUACUGGGCCCUUUCUUCCUGAGGGUUGAACCAGACAUUACAGCUGAAUACACACCAUAUGCUUAAAGCGCAUCUCCC